AUGAGUGUAUAUGAAAAGCAAUUAUACACAUUCCAGGAGAUACAAUACAGUGUUCGGUCACAAACGGGACGCAUUGAUAUAGUUGAGCAGACGAUCAAAGGUUUUGAGGUCAAAUUUCAAGAAAUCGAGAGGAGUCGUCAGUUUGACAGUAAUGACCUCGAGGAAUUCAAUAAAAAGCAACGGCAAAUUGACUCUUCGUUGGCUAAUCUGCGUAAACUUGAAUCGGAGCAACGUACUAAAGAACAGGAAUUAAAACGAGAAAUUACUGAUCUUAAAUGCAGAAGCAUGAGGGACAAUCUGCUGUUCUUCAAUAUUCCAGAGGAGAAAGACGAAAACUGCGAGAACAAAGUAUUAAACUUAAUAGAGGCAAAAUUUGGAAUUGAGAAUGCAAAAACCGAGAUCAAGCUUCAAAGGGUCCAUAGAAUUGGUGCAUUCAAAUCUUCCAAGAUUCGACCGAUUGUCGCAAAAUUUGGAAGUUUUCCAGAUAGAGAGAAGGUCAGAAAGUCUGCGCGAUUACUGAAGGAUACAGCAUAUGGAAUCGAGGAACAAUUUCCGCCGGAAGUUGUGGAAGUGCGCAGAAAGCUUAUUCCGGUGAUAAGGAAAGCUCGGUCGGAGGGGAAGGAAGCGUAUCUCAGCGUUGAUAAGCUGUAUAUUGAUAAGCGGUUGUACAGAGGAAGUGAGUAG